CAGCCAACGGAUCAUACGCAACUCACUGCUCGCAUACCCUCAUAUUUGUAUUUUUUGUUGUUGUUGCGUACGCGUCAAUAAUAUCAUGCACAUGGAAACACUUGUAUUCAUGGUCGCUUACCAUAGAUCGCUACAUUUGUACACAGUGACAAACCGGUACUUCGUUUUUCCACCAUCGGCUUUUGCUCCUUUUCGUGUUAAUAAUUACAGUCACUGCAAAAGGAACUGACCACGGAACGCUUACACGCGAAGAAAGGUGAUCAUCUGACUGCAGAGCUGCACAAUCAUGGCUACUACUGUUUGUGUUAGCGCCCUCAGGGUGUUAUCCCGUAUUAGCAAUGCGAUGUGCCCGGCGGCUCUCCCUGUCAGAGCGACCAUUAGACUGGCGCCGAGAGCCACAGACGCGACGGGGGAGGCGAAGCGAAGCGAAGCGCAGCCUAACAUUGGUUGGCACGGGCUCGCGUCGUGCGCGGGUGCUUCCCAUCUCGCGCUCAACACACUCAGACAGUAGUGCUGGGAAAGGACGAGUCGCAACAGUCUCCUCCUCCUCCUCCUCCUCCUACACCACUACGGUCACCACCACCAUCCCCCCCCACAUGCGUGAUCGGUCAGCGGCUCGGCCUCUAAACUGGCCCCCCAGAUCCCCGCCGCGGAAUUUGGCAGCACAGCCACCGAAAAGAAAGGCACCGACUCUUAUUGCUUCAAUGCUGUUCCUCAGGCAAUGUGGACGACUGGCAAGGUUGGGUCUUCUGAGGACUCCCAGGUUCCAGUCGCUGCAGGAUUUGGCUUCUCCCCUCUCUGUGUGUGCAUCAGGCCUGCGUAGUCGCCGGAGCAGCGGAAGCGAUAGUGGACGUCAUCGCUCAGAACCGCAUGGCCAUGAGCACACAUUCAGUUGGAAACACCUCUUGGCUGGACUCUUGGCUGGGAGUGGGGCUGUGCUCUCAUAUGGGCUGUAUCAAAAUCAGGCUGAAAAAGCAGCCACCCCAGUCGAGUCCAAAGGGGGAUCUCCCUCUCUGCCAGUGUACACACAGGAGGAGGUGGCCAAACACUGCUCCCUUGCCGAAGGUGUAUGGGUCACAUACAAAGGUGGGGUUUAUGACAUCACCGAGUUUGUAGCCUUACACCCUGGGGGAGAAAAGAUCCUGCUGGCAGCUGGUGGUGCUCUAGAGCCUUUCUGGGCGCUGUAUGCUGUGCACAACCAGGGCCAUGUGCUAGAAAUUCUGUCUGAGUACAAAGUGGGAGAGCUCAGUCCGGAGGAGCGCGAGCAGGCUGAUAGCGCCACAGACCCUUACGCCGACGACCCACCCAGGCACCCUGCGCUGAGAGUUAACAGCCAGAAGCCUUUUAAUGCUGAGCCGCCAUCGGAGAUCCUGACAGACACCUACAUCACGCCCUCUGCCUUCUUUUUCAAACGUAACCACCUACCUGUGCCCAGAGUGGACCCCGGCACCUACCGGUUGGAGAUCCAGGGGCUACCAAAAGGGCCAGUGUCACUGUCCCUGGCAGACUUGAAGUCCAACUUCCCUAAGCACACUGUGACCGCUACCCUGCAGUGUGCAGGAAACCGCCGGUUGGAAAUGAACCAGGUAAAGCAGGUGAAGGGCCUCAACUGGGGGAUUGCGGCCAUCAGCAAUGCCACAUGGGCGGGAGCCCGGCUCAGGGAUGUGCUACUAGAGGCUGGGUACAAGCCAGGAAGCAAAUUCCAGCACGUUCAGUUUGAGGGACUGGACCAUGACGUCACAGGUACCACAUAUGGCGCAUCAAUUCCUAUAAGAAAGGCCAUGAGCGAGGAAGGGGAUGUGCUGCUGGCGUAUGAGAUGAAUGGAGAAGAGCUCCCUCGAGACCACGGUUACCCGGUGAGGGUGGUGGUGCCCGGUACAGUUGGGGCACGCAAUGUCAAAUGGCUGGCUAAGAUUGUGGUGAGCGAGGAGGAGAGCAGCAGCCACUGGCAGCAGAAUGACUACAAAGGCUUCAGCCCUGGAACCGACUGGGACACAGUGGACUACAAGUCAGCCCCGGCCAUCCAGGAGCUGCCAGUGCAGUCUGCCAUCACCCAGCCAGCACAAGGCAGCACGGUGAGCUGCAGUAAGGGGGAACUGACUGUGAAGGGAUACGCUUGGAGUGGCGGUGGCAGGGAAGUGAUUCGGGUCGAUGUGUCCCUGGAUGGCGGCAAGACCUGGAACGUGGCCACACUAGGAGGAGCAGAAGAGGGCCAAGAGGCUGCUACGUCGCCACCCCCAGGUCGAGCCUGGGCGUGGAAGCUGUGGGAGCUCACCGUCCCCCUGCCUGCUGAGACACAGGAGCUAGAGAUCGUUUGCAAGGCAGUGGACAACAGCUACAACGUGCAGCCAGACACCAUGGCACCCGUAUGGAAUCUGCGGGGUGUCCUGAGCAACGCUUGGCAUCGAGUGAAAGUCACAGUGAGAAAAGACUAGAACCUCUGGGGGCCAGUAGUACACGGAGUGCAAGGCGCUAGCAGAGCUGGGUGGGCUUUCAUUCAAGUGACUACAGGGAAAUGUAUUCUUUUCCCUUUUCGAGGAAACAGACCUGCUCAGUGGCUAUAGGGUAUAAAAAAAAUCACCAAUCGUUGAUUCCUGCUAAGCAAGACUGCUUGUGGGAUGUGCAUGAAGCUGGUGAGAAAUAAGUCUCCUUUUAGACUUGGCCUUCAUUUCACAGUCCUUUGCGAGCACCAGGUUUGUUUUAUGGAGGACUCUGACAAGGGCCAUCUUUAGAUUAUGCAAAAGAUUUCAGUCCGCGUUUGCAUUUGUCACAAAUACGUUCUGUUCGCUUCCAGCCAGUUGGAGGCCCUGACCCCAGCUGUUGCUUAAACCACUUUUGUUUGUCUAUUAAGGGCAUGGUACGGUACCCAUCAUCCCGCUUAUUACUGUUGCUCUAUUCGCAUUCUGUAGUUUGUGUUUCUUUUUGAUCUGAUGUAUAUUAUUUGUUCGAUGUGUGAAGCAUUAACGUCAUAUAAAUGAAGGACUGAAAUUGCAGAUGUUAAAGCUGCAAUUAAUGUAAUACAUUUGUGAAGAUGAUCAGCACAAGGGUAGGAAAACGUAUUAAACACACUUAAAAAAAAAUAAAUAAAUAAAUAAAACACAUCUUCACCAAAUGUGACCUCUUCUGUUAAAAUUAAUCGCACAAAUUUAAAACUUUAAGUUACUACAAAGCACUGUACAUAACAGUGCAGAGUUAUGUGACCAAAAAAGGGUAAUAGAGCUGAGUACAUGACCUAUUUGUGUUUGCAAUUUGUUAAAGUAGGCCGAAGACCCAAAGAAUCAAAAAAGUCUCUAUGAAGCUUUUAUUGUCGUGGUGUUUGUUUUUUUUAUGGUUUUAUUCUUAAAUGUUUGGCUUUAGCUAAUUCCCAAGCAGUUGUUCAAAUACUUGUUUAUUGGGAGAUAUGUACUUGUUGCUACAACAGCAUCAGUGCGCAAAUUUAACAGCCACAACUAGGUGUAAUAAACAGUAUUUGUCGUUUGAUUUUCAUUUUUCAAAUAACGUCUGUACUUUGUAGCGUUAUCUCUACAGCAUUCUGAAAAACACGGUGGUGAUUUCGUAUCGUGAAGCCCACAUGAUCGUGCUUCCGGGCCUGAUUAAAUCAUGUGGGCCACAGCUGGAAAAUACACAGUUAUCAAUACUGUAAAUUUGAUGCGAUCAAGUAUGCUUUUAAUCGAAGUGAUCCAACAUCUAGCUAUAUAUUUUUUUGAAAAGUAUUAGUGGUAUUUAUAUGACCAUCAUUGCUGUUAGCACAAAGUGGAGUGUGGCUCACAAAUGCACAAAUUGACACCACAUCUGGGUGUUUUAGUAUUCAGUACCAAAAAAAAACCAUCUUCAGUUUCAAGUCUUAAACCAGAUAUAUUCGAUUCAGCUUAAGGGCAUCAUUUGAAUGCUCCGUGUUUCUUAUGAAAUUGUAUGAAGGUUAAAAAUCUUUCCUUACAACUGGAAUUGUUGUUAUUUUUUCUACUGGAAUUUUGAAUUUGUGCUCUGGGUGUGGAAGAAAAAAAUAGUAGGGACAGUAUUGCUUCUGACCUUGUGGUUCAUGGUAAUAGAUGCUUUUGAACUUGUUUGAAUUCUCUCACUUUUAACAAUCCAUAGAAUCUGUAAAGUUUUUUCUUUUUUUUUUUUAAAGCUUGGUUGUGCUUUUUAAAAAUAUUUGUUCGUAUUCAGUGAUUUAAUUGCUGAUGCUCGGUAUGACAGAUCAGGCUUGGUUCUGUGCAUUAAUUAAACUGUAGUUGUGUGUAAUCAUUGUUUUAAUAUAUUUUUAGAUCAAAUUUAUUUAACGGCUGUUAAGUUUUGAAGCUGGAUUUUCUAUUAGAAUAAUAA